AUGGCUGCACUGCCCCUUGCUAAGAUAUCAGAGCGAUUGGCUGAUGGUUUCUUGAAUCAAUUAGAAGAGAAUGUUAAUCCCAUGACAAGUGUCAUAGAAGAGGUGAAAAAUAUCUCUGAGAAAUUGACAACAAUUGGAGGAUUGAUGUCUGAUGCCGAGAGGAGAAAACUGAAGGAGGAAGAAGUCCGAAUUUGGCUACAAAAGCUUGAUGGCAUAGCAUGUGAGAUUGAUGAUUUGUUGGAUGAAUGGAACCUUGAGAUACAGAAACUUUGUACUCAGACAACUUGGGAGAAGGCAAUAUAUGAUGAACUGGAAGUGAUUUGGAAUGAGGCAGCUCAAUUUAAGUUCGUCAAAAGCCAUCUAGCUACUUGUGAAAAACCUGGUGGCAUUCUUUGUGAUGAGUUGGAGGCGUUUGGUCAAGAAUCUGACAGGGAUGUUAUAGUAAGCCGUCUAGUAUCUGAGAGUAGUAACAAAAGGGAUGUUGGAGUUCUUGUUAUCUCUGUAGUUGGGAAGUGUUCCCCUAAUGUGUCAGAGUUGGAUAGUUUGCUCCAAUAUCUUAGGAGCACUCUGUCUAGGAAGAAAUUCUUGCUUGUCUUGGAUGGUGUAUGCAUUCAGGAUGAGAUAAAAUGGGUGAAAAUUAGAGACUCUCUCAAGGAUGGAGUCAGUGGAAGUAGAAUCUUGGUUACAACUAGGAGUGAAAGAGUGGCACGAUUGAUGGGCACAACUUAUAUGCACCACUUGAAACAAAUGCCUGAUUCAGAUUGUUGGGAAAUAUUAUCCAGGAGAGCAUUCCAAGGAAGGACUAAAGAAAUCUUUGAGAAAGUGGAACAGAUUGGCAAGGGGAUUGCAAAGAAGUGUAAUGGUUCACCACUAGCUGCAAAGAUUGUGGGAAGUCUCUUACAAUGUAAGGAUACAGUGCGAGACUGGCAAAACAUACUGGAUAAUCAGAUAUGGGAAUUGGAGGAAGUACCUGUGGACCUUGAACUUUUCCCUGCUUUAUAUUUAACUUAUCAUGAAUUGUCUCCUGAACUGAAAUGUUGCAUCAGAUACUGUGCAGUCUUUCAGAAAAAUUUGAGGAUAGACGUGGAAGGUUUGAUUAGACUGUGGAUGGCACAAGGUUAUAUUCUUUACUCAUCAGAGGCAGAUGAAGUACAGAUGGAAGAAAGGGGACGCGAGUACUUUACUCUGUUAGCAGGACGUUGCUUUUUUCAAGAACAGGAAAAGGAUAUCCUUGACAGAAAAGUUGUCUCAUGCAAGAUCCAUGAUAUAGUGCAUGACUUUGCAAAACAUCUCGCAAAAAAUGAAUGUCUUAUAGUGGAAGAAGCUCACUUGAGAGAAAACACUGGAGCUAUUAAGCAUCUAAGGUGGCCAAGGGACAAUUCUAGGGAGACAUUAUCCUCUCUAGACCUUGAUGUAGGAAAGGUUCGAAGCUUUUUUGCCACUACAAGUGUUCCUCAAGAUUGUUUCAUUAAGCAUCUCAAAUGUGCGAGGACUUUGAGUUUCAGCGCCUGUAGUCUGGCAGAAAUACCAAGCGAGAUUGGAGAUUUGAUCCAUCUGAGGUUGUACGAAUUUCCACGAGGGAUUGAGAAAAUGACUUGGCUUCGUACUUUGACAAUCGUCAAAAUUGGGACAGUGUACUUCAACUGGAGCAGUCUUAAGAACCUAAACCAACUUCAGGAAUUUAUGCACAUUCAAAUCUUUGACAUGGUUGGAACUGCAAAUGCUAAACUCGAAGAAAAGCAGCACCUCAAAAAUAUGAUUCUAGAGUUUAGUAUGUCGUGCUCAGGAUUGGACAUAGAUGAGAGAGAAUCUCUGAUACCACCUCCAAACCUGAAGAAGCUCACAAUCCGUAAAUAUCCAGGAUACCUAUUCCCAAACUGGAUGGAAACAGCUCUCAACAAUUUGAGAGUUCUUCAUAUCAUUGAGGCCUAUGACGUCUUGUCUUUACCAGCACUAGGGAAAUUACCGGCCCUCGAAGAGCUUAAGUUUGUGGAAUUGCAGAGUUUAGCAUACAUCGGUCGCGAGUUCCUUGGACUACCAGAGAACAUUGAUUCUCUUGGUGAAUCUAAGGUAGUCGCAUUUACCAGGUUGAAGAUAUUAGUGUUCAGUCAUUUACCAAAUUGGCAAACCUGGCAAGACAUUGAACCAGGCGAAGAAGAUGCUGUCUUGGUGUUGCCAUGUCUUCAGCACCUAGCCUUGUUUGGUUGCGAAGAAUUCUUUUUUCUGCCACAUCGCAUGCUUCGCAUGUCAUCAUCACUCCAGUCUGUUGAAUUAACUAUGUCUCAAAGUGUUGGAACUAUUAAUAAUCCUUAUGACAUGGGACAUAUGAUCGAGGUGUUGAAUCAAUUGAACAAAAGAUUUGACGCUUUGGAAAGCAAGGUGGAGCAAUCUGGUCCAUCAAAAAGUACCACCAAAAGGAAGCCUCAUUUGGACGAAUCAAGUGAUUCGAAUAAUGAGGCUGACUCUGAGGGCCAUGAGGACCGAACUAGAGGAGCAAAGAGAAAUUCCAAGCACGGAGAUGAUGAUGAAAUCUGA